AUUUUGACCAAAAUAUUGCUUUUGAUGGAAGAAUUUAUAAUUGUUUAAUUCAAAGAAAAUGAGGCCUAAUUUUGUUUUCUGCUGAUAAAUAGGAACUGAAAGAGAAAAACCUCAUCUCUUUGUAUUCGCAUACACAACACAAACAUAAUCUUAAUAGUUAAAUCCCUGAAGGGAAAUGUUAAGCUACAUUAAUUAGAGCAGCCACAACUGCGCACACUUUCAAAAACGAAAUCGUAAGAAUCCACAACAGCAGACGUCAAAUAUCUCCUCAUGAGCUUUUCUUUCUUACAUAUUUGAGCAGCAGUGAAACUGGAAAGCAACAAGUAUCCUUCUGUUUCUUUAAUUAGUUUCCAGUGCUUGUAAGAUGGCUGAUUAAAGUUUAAUGGUGACUGCAUAAGCAUAUAUAUGUCUGUAGGUGUUGGGCAGUGAGUCAGGGAAGACAGGUCACCAGUCUGAAUGGGUAAUUGAGAGUGGGGGAGGAAAGUGCCAUGUGCUCCUCCAAUGAUUGAGCCAACAAGUAUGCAUAAGGGAUCGAGAACGAGUGAGAGAGUUCAAGCUCUCCCAGCCGUAUUUCUGUUUAAAAUGCACUGUACGCAAAAAAAAAAAAAGAUGUGCCGUCUCCCCCUCCCCACAACUCUCUCUCUCUGCUUCAUGUGCUGUCUGCUGUUCUAAUCAGAUAGAAGAGCUUUUCUGUGCAGUGCUUUGGAUGUAGAGCUGGAUCUGCAGCAGAUUUUAGCCAUGCCAAACGAAGACAGGUACAGGUCAGAUUCUCUGAAGGCUUCAAGGCGAUUCGGUCUGCAACAGUGAGGUGAUCGGACUCUGACGUGACUCUUCAUCUCUUAUGAUUCUUCUAAAUCGCUUCAAGAGCCUCAAAACAGUUAUCAUCAUCAAGUUGUCGUUGAGCCUCAACUUAAAAAUUAAAACUUAUCUGAACAAUUUCCUUUCAUAUUCUUCAAAAAUAAUUGCAUGACAUCUUAAACCAGUCUUCAUCCUCAAACUCUGUGUGCAUAAAAAAUAUCGACCUAAAAAACAUGACUAUCACUAUUCAGAACAUCACAGCCACCUCUGCCAUCGUCAGCUGGCCAUCUUCUCCAGGCUGUAUCGACACGUUCUACAGUGUCAUGUAUCACCCAAACUGGAACAGUCUACUGAUGGGUUACACUCGCAAAAGUUUCCUGCGUGAGGACAGGGUUCCCGUGAGUCAGACGUCCACCAGUUUGGGCAACCUAAGUCCACAGACUACAUACAUCCUCUGUGUCACCUGUCAGUCUGCCAAUCCCACCAGAGAGCAGUGCCAGGUCUUUAAUACCCUAGAUGAGGGCACUGAGCUCGGGGAGAGCGGCAGGGAGCUGGCCAUGGGAGUUUGGCUGGCCAGCAGUAUCCUCUUGCUGAUCAUCGCAGUGGCUUUGCUUUGGGGAUGCCUUCAUACCAUGUGUCCAGCAAAAAGAGACCCGGAUAGAGUCAGCCAGUCUGGUCUGAACCCUCCACACCUGGCUCUGACCCCUAUGGAUGGGAACAUGGGAAGCGAAGGAAGAAAAAGUCUGUACACUCCUAGUUGCGGUGAAGAGGAAUCUCCAAAUGCGACGGUGAUUGAGAAUCCUUUUCGAGCCGAGAGAGAAACGGCAAACGGGCAGAGCUGUGAACUUCAAACUCUUAGUAAUAAACACCCCGGGGCAGAAUAAUUGGGCUGCCAGGUUGCCACUGUAGUGUGCUGACCCCAAAACUUCAAACUAUUAAUCACCCGCGUACACAAUGUGGACAAUCAGCAAGGAGGAAAACUUUGAGGAACUGAGCCACGUGGGUUAAGGAUUAAUAUAGCAUUUAAAUGUCAGAUGAAAAUAUCAAUCGCUAAUUCAAACAAGAAAACUGAAAGAGCCCCCUUUGUCUUACACUACAACUCAGUGAAAUUUAAUGUGCGCAAAGUAUAGUGUUUUCAUACUUAUGAAGAGGUUCAGUUUGUUUAAAUGCCUUUAAACAUUUUUUACCCGAAAGAGAUUCUGUUAUGAAUUAUUUACCCUCGUGUUGUUCCAAUCCUGAGACCUUCAUGCAUCUUUGGAACACAAAUGAAGAUAUUAAAAUAAUCAUCCUCAAUUGACAACAGCAAUAUGAAAAUGACUUUGUUUGGUGAUGUCUUCUCUUCAGCUGCCUCAGGCCACGUUUACACUAAUAUAUUUUAGUUUUAAAAUGCAUACAUUUUGCUACGGUUGCGUAAGCAAAACAUGAGAUCCAGCAGUAUAUCCUUCAUGAACUGUCUGACGUGCACUGCUUAUAUCUGGGGAGAUGUGCUUAAAGCACCUGCUGAAUGCCUGGAGCUCAGACAGGUGCAUACGCUGCAACGCAUGGCAAAGUGUGUGUGUGGUCCCUUGAUGUGCGUGUUCACUGGUAAAGUGUGGACGGAGAUCUUUUCAGAAAUGCUAGGUGAAACGCCAGUAUGGACUUGGAUCGUUUUCCUUCUAAAACGUUGUUUUAAAACUAAAACUUAGUGUAAUCAGGGCCUCAGAUUGGGGUGUGCACCCUAUCAGAGGAAAUUUUUUUUUUUUUCUUAUUAUAUACUUUUUGGUGCUCUAAUCAUUCUUAAAGCGUUGUAUGAUAACAGUUAAACCACUGAAGUCACAUGAAACGUUUUGAUAGGUUCUUGCUUCCUUUGAACAUCUCUGGACUGUGUUUAUGGAGGAUGAGGGAGCUCUCAGAUUUCAUCGAUAAUAUCUUAAUAUAUGUUCCGAAGAUGACUGAAGGUCUCGAGGGAUUGAAACCACAUGAGGAUGAGUACUUAAUACCAGAAUUGUCUUUUUGGAAUGAACUAAUCCUUUAACGCAUUUAGCCACAGAACUUAUUCAUGUUAGUUUAAAACAUUUUUACCCAUUUCUGCAGAGUCAUAAUUUAUAUGCAUGUCUUGUCAGGUUUAUGAGUUUGUCAGUUUAAAGAUAAGCAGCACUAUCAUGUUGCUUUUGUGAGACGAAAGCAAAGCCAGCAAUGUGUUAAACGAUUUGAUGUAUCUUUACCUUCACCUUUAAUACGUCUAUACGUGUUCAUCAAUAUCUCUGGAAGUGGAGUCUCUGUUUCUUUAGAAAAUCCUUCAAGGCUUAAAAAUGUACCUUGCAUACCUAUCUAUCUUGCUUAAUAAUAAAAUAAGAAUAUUUCUCUGUGUU